CCAGCGGCGCUCCGAAUGCGCAGGCGCGUCGCGGCGGUACUCGGCGGGGCUCGGGACGCGCCAGGCGGCGAAGGUACCGGGCUGCGGCGCCUUCUGCUCCACUCGCAGUCGCCAGCGCUAUGGGCUCCUGAGGCCAGCCCAUCACUCACAGAGAUUCUCUCAGGGAGCCUGCUGCUGCUGGCCACCAUGACAGUGAGGGGGGCUGCGCUGGCCCCAGACCCAGCAUCACCCACAACUGCUGCAGCGUCACCUGGUGUCUCUGCAACCCCCGAGGGCAGUCCCACAGCCAUGGAGCAGCCCGUGUUCCUGAUGACCACCACUGCCCAGGCCAUCUCUGGCUUCUUUGUGUGGACAGCUCUACUCAUCACCUGCCACCAGAUCUACAUGCAUCUGCGCUGCUACAGCUGCCCCAAUGAGCAGCGCCACAUCGUGCGCAUCCUCUUCAUCGUGCCCAUCUACUCCUUCGACUCCUGGCUCAGCCUUCUCUUCUUCACCAACGACCAGUACUAUGUGUACUUUGGCACCAUCCGUGACUGCUAUGAGGCCUUUGUCAUCUAUAACUUCCUGAGCCUGUGCUAUGAGUACCUUGGAGGCGAGAGUGCCAUCAUGUCUGAGAUCAGAGGGAAGGCCAUCCAGUCAAGCUGUAUGUAUGGUACAUGCUGCCUCUGGGGAAAGACCUACUCCAUAGGAUUCCUGCGGUUCUGUAAACAGGCCACCCUACAGUUCUGUGUGGUGAAGCCACUCAUGGCUGUCAGCACCGUUAUUCUCCAGGCCUUCGGCAAGUACCGGGACGGGGACUUUGAUGUCACCAGUGGGUACCUCUAUGUGACUAUCAUCUACAACAUCUCAGUCAGCCUGGCCCUUUACGCCCUCUUCCUCUUCUACUUCGCCACACGGGAGCUACUCAGUCCCUACAGCCCUGUCCUCAAGUUCUUCAUGGUCAAGUCCGUCAUCUUUCUCUCCUUCUGGCAAGGUAUGCUGCUGGCCAUCUUAGAGAAGUGUGGGGCCAUCCCCAAGAUCAACUCAGCCCGUGUGUCAGUGGGCGAGGGCACUGUGGCUGCUGGCUACCAGGACUUCAUCAUUUGUGUCGAGAUGUUCUUCGCAGCCUUGGCCCUUCGGCAUGCCUUCACCUACAAGGUCUAUGCUGACAAGAGACUGGAUGCUCAAGUGCUGACAUACGGCCCAUACGGCCGCUGUGCCCCCAUGAAGAGCAUCUCCAGCAGCCUCAAGGAAACCAUGAACCCACACGACAUUGUGCAGGAUGCCAUCCACAACUUCUCACCUGCCUACCAGCAGUACACGCAGCAGUCUACUCUGGAGCCUGGGCCCACCUGGCGAGGUGGCACCCAUAGCCUUUCCCGGUCCCAUAGCCUUAGUGGUGCCCGUGACAAUGAGAAGACUCUGUUGCUCAGCUCUGAUGAUGAGUUCUGAGAGUGGACACUGUUGGGGAAGGACAGGUGCCUCCUCUAGCCUCCAGCCAGGCUGGGGAGCAGCUAGCACAGUGUUGCUGUUGCCCUUUUAUUUAUUGGACCAGAAACACUUGCAUAUCACUUCCAGAGGAACAAGCCUCAGGAAUGUGUCUACAUGGCCAACCCUUCACUACCCAGGGCAAGAGCAGAGAACACUGGCUGGAGCUGCCACACCUCUGCUGCCCAUCCUGUACUGGGGACACAUCUGGAACCAGCCAUGCCUGGGCCCAAAUGCUUGUGUGUUGGCCAGAAGCUGCAUCCUGAGCCCCCUCCCCAACAAGACAUCUGCCAAGGCUGUCAGGCUCAGCCCACCCCACAUCGUGCAAUACUCAGACCUGAUCUGAUCUUCCCACCUGCCUGCCCUUCCCUGUUCAUUUUUGCCCAGUGUGAGGUUUGUCUCAUUCUGGGCAAGGGAUGACAUGAAUGUUCUGCGGACCCUCCCCUUUUCCCAGCCUAGGCCUGCCUAGCAUGCUGCAAGGAUCGGAGCCAGACCCCAGGAGCCUCAGGGCCCAUCUAGGAAGGAUACCUCCGUGCCUGUGUGCCCUUGGGUGUUCUCAUCAUGACCACUUCUUCUGCCUCUUGGCUCUUCUGGUCUGCUGAGGACAGCCAGCAGCCUACAGUGCUCUCUCAUUUGGGUCCAGUUCUUGAUAGUUUGGGGCAGAGUCCCCCUAUCCUUUCUGACUGUGCCAGGGCUUGGGUUCCUCAAUGGAGCAGUUAGACUCCUGCUGGGUCCUGGGAAGUCUGAGUGUCUAUAUCUCCCACUUCCAGCCCACUUCCAGAGGAGGCUGGGGGAUGGUUACGCAGUGCGGGGUAAGGCAGGGGUGGUCUUAGACCCUCCUGGGUCCCCUGGCCAUCCAUGUAGGACCUGGUGUUCCACUUCCUCUGGCCCCCGGCCCAUCUCUUCUGUGCCUUAGUCACAUAUGAAAGCCCUCCCCAGUCCCCAGUCUGUCCCAGGCACUUCCUUGUUGAGCUGCAAGCACUCAGGACUCUGCGGGGCGGGCAGGCACUGGGUCAGGUGCCCUUGUCUAGGACCACCUGUUCUCCUGACUCCCUCUGCUCUCACAUCUAGAGCUGUCCGAAGGGCUGGAGCCUCCAAGGUAGGGUGGCAGAAGACCUGGCAAGUGGAAUCCAUGUAGCACUUAGGUGUGGCUUCAGCAGCCUCUUGAGGUAGAAGAGCCCUGCCUUGUGGCCUUCACUGGAAGCUCUCCCUCUGGUCAUUUCUGGAACAAACAGGUUCCUUUCUUAGGGUCCAUGGGAAGGGCCCUGAUGGGGCUGUUGCAUCCUAGCAACCUUCAUAGCUUCCUUCCUGUGCAUGUGGGAUGCCAGAGGGCAGCUCUCAGCUCCACCCAGUAGGCCUGGCCAGCUGGUUCCCAGCUUGCCCAGGAAGGCAACUGACAGGUGGGAGCUCCUUGAGGUGUGGCCAUGGCGUUCCUCCCUCCCCCCAACCGGGGAUUGCUCCCACCAGACUAUUUCUCAGACUGCCCUUCUUUCCAGGCCAAAGUAUGUUGCUGGUUCCUGUCCCCACUGUUCCCUGCCCACCCUGGCACUUGCCUGCUGUUUUGAGGGUAAAGCUGGGGGUGGGUGGGCUCAGUGGCAGGAAGCUGGUGGUCCUUGGGAACAUAGAACAGGAACCUGCACCCAACUCCCCAUUCUUUCUUUCUAGGAUGCAUAACCUAUCUUGUCUCAUUUCUUUUUUAUUUUUUUUCCAGAUAGAGUAGCUCUUUGUACAUAAAAGAAAAUACUUGAAAAUUAAUUGUAUGAUGUAUGAGAAGACAGAGCCCCCUAGUUUUGUAUCUCGUCGUGUGACUGCCGUGCGUUCCAUCAGAAAGCCGCUCUAUUUUGGUCUCUCUGAUAUUUUAAAUGCGUGAGAGAAGCAAGCAAAUAAAGUCAGGAAGAAAUAUA